AGUAUUGCAGAGCGUCUUCGGGUCAUGGGCCCGCGAAGCCGCGAGCGCCGGGCGGGAACGGUCCAGAGCACCAACGACAGCAGCGCCCUCAGCAAGCGAUCGCUGGCCGCACACGGAUACGUGCGCGACGCCUUCGCGGCGCUGCUGGCCCCGGGACCUGUGCGGCGCACGCCGCUCAUCCACCGCGGCUAUUACGUGCGCGCGCGCGCCGUGCGUCACUGCGUGCGCGCCUUCCUCCAGCGUACCGGCGCGCUCCCGGCCCCGACCCGGGCACAGAUCCUGUCUUUGGGUUCAGGCUCCGACUCGCUGUACUUUCGCCUGAAAGCUGCGGGCCUCCUGGCCCGGGCUGCCGUCUGGGAGGUGGACUUCCCGGACGUGUCUCGGCGCAAGGCGGAGAGGAUCAGGGAGACCCCGGAGCUGUGCUCGCUGACCGGCCCUUUCCAGAUCGGGGACUCAGCGUCCGCUCUGUGCUUCGAGAGCUCGGAUUACCGCAUCCUGGGCGCGGACCUGCGUGAGCUCCGGCGAUUAGGCGAGGCCCUGGACGGCGCGGGCCUGGACGCCACCUCACCCACGCUGCUCCUGGCCGAGGCGGUGCUGACCUACCUGGAGCCGGCCGGGGCCGCGGCCCUCAUCGCCUGGGCCGCCCAGCGUUUCCCCGACGCCCUUUUCGUAAUCUAUGAGCAGAUGAAGCCGCGAGACGCCUUCGGGCGAGUCAUGCUGCAGCACUUUGAGCGGCUGCGCUCUCCCCUGCACGGCCUGGAGCUCUUCCCCGACGUGGAGGCCCAGGUGCGGCGCUUCCUUCAAGCUGGCUGGACUGCCUGCAGCGCCCUGGACCUGAACGAGUUCUAUCGCCGCCAUCUCCCCGCAGACGAGCGUCGGCGAGUCGAGACGCUCGAGCCCUUUGAUGAGUUUGAGGAGUGGCAUCUGAAGUGUGCCCACUAUUUCAUCCUAGCAGCAUCUAGGGGAGACACUCUGUCGGAAACUCCGGUGUUUCCGCCCUCAGAGACAUCUUUUCGGAUAGAUCCUGCUUCGCCUUCGGGUUUUUUUUCUGCCAGAGUAGUCACUAGUGACCACCAGCACUCAAGCCUGAAGAGAUACGGCCACACCUCUGUGCUCUUGAGCCCUGGCAUCAUUUUCAGUGCAGGAGGCUUUGGAGAACAAGAGGGGCGACACUGCCGAGUGAGCACGUUUCACUUGCUCUCGAGAUCCUGUGACUCUGAAUGGAAAGGCAGCCAAAUAAGUUCUUUGGGGACUGAAGGCCAGUGGGAUGGACGCCUUUAUCACACCAUGACAAGGCUUUCAGAUACUCAGGUUCUGGUUCUCGGAGGGAGAUUGUCCCCAUUAAGUCCAGCUUCUGGGGCUCUCCAACUUGAUUUAUACAGAGGUGAGGAUAAUUGCCCCGAGAGGCAGAAUGUAACAGUAACAAAGGCUGCCUUGGAAGAAGGUCCCAUGUUGUCCUGUUGGCGGCAUUCAACAACGGAAGUAUACUAUCAGAAUCAAAGAUAUUUGUUUGUGUAUGGUGGCCGAAGUGCGGUGGAACCUGUACUAAGUGACUGUCAUUUCCUACACGUAGAGACAAUGGCUUGGGUCAGAAUCCCAGUAGAAGGGGCAGCCCCAGAAGGUCGGCAUUCCCACAGUGCCUGCAGUUGGCAAGGAGGAGCACUAAUCGCCGGAGGUCUAGGGGCUUCUGAGGAACCAUUGAGCUCUGUACUCUUUCUCAGACCAAAGUCCUCUGGAUUCCUCUGGGAAUCCAUCGAUAUACAGCCCCCCAUUACCCCAAGGUACUCUCACACCGCUCAUGUAUUUAAUGGAAAGCUGCUUCUGGUUGGAGGGGUCUGGAUUCAUUCCUCCUCAGUUCCUGGAGUGACUGUUAUCAAUUUGACUACGGGGUUGAGCUCUGAGUAUCAGCUUGACACAACAUCUGUGCCAUGGCCAUUAAUGUUGCACAACCACAGCAGCACCCUCCUUCCUGAAGAGCAGCAGAUCCUUCUUACUGGAGGUGGAGGGAACUGCUUUUCCUUCGGGACUUACUUCAACCCCCACACAGUGGCAUUAGAUCUGUCUUCCUUAAGUACAGGGCAAUAAAGACUGGACUCUUGACAUAUUCAGGACCUAAGAAUGAAUUCGGUUGUAGAUAUUGCCACCCCCAACACACACCUCUUUUACCACAUUAUUGAGUGUAGAACUUGAAAACUCAUUAAAAUAAAUACCAACAAUGAGAUGGUAGGAAAAUAAAACAGUUAAAGGAGUGUCCGUACAUCCUAGAGACCUCAGCAUCAUGUGUCCAUUUUAUUGGGUUUCUACCAAUUUUCAAAUCUUAGCCAUUUAUUAAGGCACAACAACCUUUAGCCUAAGUAAAAAAUUUCCCAAACUGGGUCUGAGACCUAGAUUAUAUUUGGGAAAAAGUUUCACACAGAUCUUUAGUAGGAAUACAAAACUGAAUAUAGAUGAGGAACACAGUUUUGACGUGUUUCUUUGUGUGUAAAAUCUGAAAUGAACACUGCAGUUUGAAGACUUAUGCUUUUAGUUUGAACACAGGGCUGGCUUUAACAAUGAGAAAAAAUACAACUUGAAAAUUGUGCUUUUGAUCACUUUUUUUUGCUAAUGUUUUGUGUUAAUAAACCAGACAUUUCAUGCCUUAA